AUGACUGACAUGCUUCUUCGAAUCCUUUUCCUUCUCGGGACACUUUUUGUAAGUUUCAUUCAUUAAGCUUUGAAGAGACCUUUGACGCUGCUUUCAGAAGAUAAUGCGAUGCGAGUACAGCGAACUGAUGAACCAGAAGAUCGGGGUGCGCGUGGAAGUGCUCAAUCUGAUCUACGAGAACGAGACGACGAUCACCUCGACUGGCCAUCCUCGCUGUCGGCUAACACUGCACAAGUCAGGCUGGGAUCGGUACCUGAGUUUCUCUUUUGUUCUUUCCGUUUUCCCUCCGAGUACCCACUCAUUUCACGUUCUUCUUCAGGGACACUUGCUCGAGUCCGCAGUUCAAAUUGAAUGACACACUCUCUUGGUCGACGAGAGUUUGCUACAAAUGGGUGUGCGACACGAGUCAGUUUCUCUGUUUUAGACCAAAAUCGGGAUUUUCCAACUCUCUUACAGACAAAUACGCGAUGCGAGUGGAGAGUUGCUGGAUCGGCACUCCCAAAAUGCCAGUGUUCAUAGUCCGUGACGACGGAUGUACCAUUGAGAAAGCGAUUCUGACGUCGCCCGUUUACACGUCAUUCAACAGAGCAGCAGCAAUCGGAUGGAUGGCCGUUCGUCAGAAAAGUAGGCGUUUCACAAGAUCGGAUAUUUGUUUUCCCUCCAAAUUUCCCACGAUGAGCCUCCAUUUCGUGACCUGUGGUCGCUUCGAAAACAAACCAAUUGAUAUCUCCUGUAAACAAAACAAUCUCUCUCUCUCCCCGUUUAUUUUCGGUUUUGCAGACAUGAAAUACAUGCACGUCGGCUGCACUAUCCGUCUGUGUCACCUGUGCGACCCCGCCUGCCAGGAGAUCACAGUCAGUCUCUUUCCCCGUUCUCGCCCUCCCGCAUUGUUCGUUUUCAGCCGCCGAGAACUUGCAAUGACUCCCGAGCAGAUGAUUACGAAGCUAUGUGGAACAGCUCCUCCCGAGUCAGAAAUCUCUGCUUUCCGGCUCCGUCGACCACUGGCAAUCCGGCGGGUGCUCUGAAUUCCGAACAAUUUCAUUUCCCUUCUCUCUCAAAUUCUAUCAUUCCGCUACUUGUCUUUUAUUUCCGUUGAUCUUGCUCAAAAAUGAAUUGUUUCCCCUGCUCCUUACUCGAGAUUACAGUAGUCAAGGCCUGUCGUCAGCUUUGAUGUAUGGUGACUGCGGAAUUGGCGGGAAAACUGAAAAUGUCAAAUUUAACUUGUUCCAGACACACAUUUCUCCCAUAAAACCACUCGAAUCUUAUCACCAGUCUGCCAUUUUAUCGCCGAAUUUAACUGCCCUCGGACCUUUUUUCAUCUGAAAGUCCCAUUAGAGCUGAUAAGAAGUGGCCUUCUCCUUCUGUUUUUCCCCUAUUUUCACAGUGUCUCCUCCUGAUCUUUGCGUCACCAUCUCCGGAUCAUUGUCCGAUUCUUAUCGCCAACCGGACUCCAAACUCCGCCCCGUUUUUGCUUACAAAUAUGAGCGACAACUCCUGUUCAGAGCAUGCUUCAGGAUGCGGUCAGGCACUUUCUACUCGGUAAUGGUCGGAACUUUGCUCCAGCUGUUCGGACGCGAUCUGCUCAUGCUGACACGGCUGACCAGAGAGGACCUGCUCGACAGUUUCGACCUGCAGAAGCUCGUAACACAGCCCCAUCGGGUGAGUAACUCCGCUUCGCUUUCAAUUCAAACUUUGCUCUUGCCGACCUUUCUCCUGGGACACAUAGUUCAGUAUCACAAUAUAAAAAUUCGAGAAUUUCUCCCACGGAUUUGCACAUUAUCGGGCUCUAAUCAGCUGGGUCACUCCCUCCUAUAUAAAUGAGAUUCCAACCGUUGCGGUCAAUCCAAUUUCCAGCAAACAUUCGUGUGUUUCUGUUAAUUUUUUGUUGAUUUUUGAUAGUGUCCUGCAGUCAAACUUGCUUUCCUGAUCAAAACAGAACACGAUUCUUCCUUCCUUUUGCCAUUGUGAUGGUUAUAUUCGAGAGAGAUAGAGCGAUAGAAAAACGAAUCCAACAGCCGUUUAUUUCCAUUUUUGUUUUUCGAUGCCACGAAUGAACUAUGGUACAAAACCGAAAAACAAACUCGAAAUCUGUGAAUUCGUCCUGUGAAUCUCGGUCAUAAAACGUGUACUUCCGGGUUCUCCGUCUAAAGACGACGUUUCCUCUCUUCUUAUCACCCUUUUCAAAGUUCAAUGUUCCGAAUUAUGUUAUGAAAAACUUUGUUUGCCAAGUGGCAAACUCAUUCAAACACGACCCCAAAGUUCAAUUCAAAGUAGGAUACUGUAGAAAGCUUCUGACUUGUCUGAUUGCUCGGCAAGCUCAAAACGAAAUCUUAGGAUCUUCAGUGAUUUAGUGGGAAAUUAGGAUCCAACCUGAUUGGAAAGAUCUUUUUGAAAAUGUAGGCGUGACAAUCUUUCGGUAUCUUUCGAAGCUGUUCUUUAGAAUUUCUACGUGAUAAGAUACCUCAAAGAGCAAACAGGAAACCGUAUAAAAUAGAGCCCUGGGAGAGGAAACCAAGCGCCGUCACUCCUACAGUAAUCCGUUCGUUUCCAGGUAAACAUGGAUUUGCUCACAUUCAUCGCAUGGAUCGGAAUCGUCGGCUUCGUCUACCUCCUCUCGCUUCUCGCCCUCAAGUUCACCACGAUUCGCGUGCUCAUCGUCACCCUCGCCUUCCUUCCGAUCGCUCUCAUGCUCGCCUUCUUCAUCUUCCGCAUCCCGCAACUCACGAAUGAGGCUCACAAGACCGCGUUCUUCACCACGUGGAAGGUGGGCGGACAUCGUGGAAGUGCGCACGGAGACAUUCCGGAGAACAGUCUGGAGGCGUUCAGUGCGGUGAAGAGCGAGGGAGGGCAGCUCGCCGAGAUGGAUAUCCAGAUCACAAAGGACGGAGUUCCGGUUAUCUGCCACGACAGCAACGUCGGUAGGUUUCACACAAAAUGCCCUUUCUUGGGAAGCCGUAGACAUCGUUCCGCACCAGUUCUAACAUUCCCACGCCUCUUUCAAGUAUUUUCCAUCCCACCGUAAUCUCCACCAGAGAAAUCUUUCAGCUCGAGUCACGGGAGUGGACAAGGACAUCUCGAGCAUGACGGUCGACGAAUUCCGAGAACUCCGCUACCUCGGCACCAACAUCUCUCUGCCCACAUUCGCGGAAGCCGUCGCUCAUUGCGUCGCCAACGACAUAAUGAUGAUCUGGGAUGUGAAGAACGUCGACGAGAGCCUUCUGACUCAGUUUGUCACUCAAAUUCGCGUAAACAAUAUCUACUCGAAAGUGCUCGUCUCUGGCUUCAACCCGAUUGACGUCUAUCUGGUUAAACUGGCGGAUCCGAAGAUUCUGACGGGAUUCACGUGGCGCAGCUGGGAGUUGAGCACCACCGACGAGGAUGCCACGAUUGCCCGCUUCACCGGAGCACUCAACGCCCUCGCCAAUGUUCUGGACAUUCUGGCAUUCGGGCUGGCUCGCUCUCUGAUCAUUCCCAAGUUCCUCGGCUCCGAUAUGAUCUUCUACCACGUGAACGACAUCAGCAGGUAGAAGACGUCGUUCCCCCCGCUUCUCAACUCCGAUUUCCCUUGCAGAUAUCUGAAGACGGACGCCGCCGCCAACAACAUCUACCUGGCCGGCUGGACGAGCAACAAUGCGGCCGAGCAAGUGUGGCUCCGCGACUAUCUGAACGUGCCGUUCCUCACCGAUGACGUGUCGCUCGUGCCCCAGUGA